UGCAUCCGCUCCUUGCUGCUGGAACUUUUUGAGUACUUUGGUUGCCAAUCCCACCCUCGGCUUCACGUCUUUACUCUUCUCACUGUACAGUACCUGAGUAUUCUUCAAGCAGUCUGGUCCUCGCAACAGCACACCUUGCCAUCAUGAAGAUCACGACCAAGGAGGAGGAGGAAGAGCACUACAAUGCCACGCUCAAGGGCGGCAUUGGAGGUGGUCUCGCUGGCCUCGCAGCGGGUGCAUUGGGUGUCUCGCUCGCCUCUGCGAGGUAUCCAGCUUUCCGCAGUCUCACCUUGCCUUUUCGCACCUUCUUGAUCACCUCCGCAGGCACCUUUUCUGCCAUUAUCGGAGCCGAUUCCUACUCGCGACGUUUCGAAGCCACACGCCAACCCGGGCGCGACUACCAAGACGAGCAAGCAUCGUUACAGGAACAGAUUGAUGCAUCCCGGACACAGAGCGAGAAGGUGAAGGCUUGGUUGUCAGACAAUCGAUACGGCCUGGUAAUGGGCUCCUGGGUAGCUUCCAUCUCUGCUGCAAUGGGCAUUGUCGGUCGCAACCCAUAUUUGACUACAGCGCAAAAGAUUGUGCAAGCUCGUGUAUACGCUCAAGGAUUUACACUUGCCGCUGUCAUUGUCAGUUUGGCAUUCGAAGGGAACGACCGUAUGAAGGGCAGCGGACGAUGGGAGACUGUCAAGAUUCUUGACCCUAAUGACCCAACACACAAGCACAUGAUCGAGAAGAAGAUUCACCACGAACGAUAUGCUGGCGAGGACCAAUGGAUGGACAUGGUAGAGGCCGAAGAACAGCGAUUGAAGGAACGGGAACGUGCCGUGAAGGAACGAGAGAAGUUGACGAAAGGCAAAAAGUCCUCCGAGAAGAAGGAAUCAACCCACUCAGACCCUCUCAAGGGCAAGCCAGAGGAGGAUAAGGAUGAGAAGUUGAACUCGCAUUAGUAGUGGGGCUCACCCUCUUGGCUUGCAAGCAACGUGGAUGCAAUGACGAUCUGGAGACUGUAUGACUGCAUGAGUCCGGGCGAUAUAGGAGUUUUGGUGUGUGUAGCUGGAGGCAUGUACAGAUUGUACAGAUAGCUUCAGAAGAUCGACAGUAUCAGAUAAUCUACAGGAAGAGAACUUUUGAGCGCC